AUGAUCAACGAGAGCCAUCCAUCUCCGACUGGCUCUUCGUCAUCCUCCUUGUUCGCACAUGAUCUCCUUCUUCUUCUUUAUCUGAAAUUAGGCAGUGGAGGUGGUGCUGGUGUGAAUGAACCUUUGACUCAACCGAUCCCAGCUAAGCCAACAUGGGCGCAAAUUCUCAAUUCAAAUCCGAAUGUCCCGUCCAAUACGAGCGCAGCAGCAACGUCAUCAUCAUCAUCAGGAAUGAACGCAACAGCCAAACCGAUCUCACCAUCGGCAAGUGGUACAUCAAAUGCAUCAGGUACACGGCAAGGCUUUAUGCCGAACUUCUAUGAUCAACCUCAAUCUCAAAUGAAUUGGCCUUUAAAUUUUAAUCAAUCAUCAUCAUGGAUGAUCAAUGAGGAUGAAUCGCAAAGAAAAACAAAUAGUUCUUCACAACAAAAUGCUGAGAAUCCAAAAGCUGGUGGUGAUGGUUUUGAUCGAGUUGAGUCGUCAAGUCCAACAUCGGAUUGGAACAAGCCGGUGGCAUCGAAUAAUUCAAGUGCUAAUGGUUGGUCAAAUUUUCAACAACAACAGCAGCAGCAAACACUGAAUAAUCCGUCCAGAUCAAAUCCGAAUAGCAAUCAAUGGCCAGAAAUGAAUAAUUUCUAUGGAGCUAAUGCGUCAACUAACUCAUUUAAUUUACCGCAACAGAAUACCGACAACACUAGUUCAUCGACAACAUGGCAGGAUCCAUCAGCAACGGGCAAUGUUGAUCCAGUGACAUUGACAAGUGCGUUGAAAUCUGCCAUUGCACUGAGCGGAAGCGGCAAUGGCGAGCUUUUAGGUGGAAAUGGUGAUACAAUGAUAAACUAUGUUCCACAACCGAAACUUGUGGAACAAUUAGGUUGGGAUGAACCUGAUAUCAAUGUUUUGAAACGUGCUAAUUUCGAUGAUGGAACAUCGAUUUGGGGUGAUCCUAUGGAACUAAUGUCUGUUCCAGUCAAGAAAUGGACGAAUGGAACAAAAGCUGCGUUAGCAAAUUCGACUAAUAUUAUUGUACAACAGCAGCAACAACAACAACAACAAACGCCGCAGAUCGUUCAGAAGCCUGUUUCGACUGUAACCACUCCAUCAGCAACAUCUUCUCAAAUGGUGCUCAAUGACGAAAAUUGGCCCAAACAACAAUCGCCAACUAUGGUUCAACAGCCAAUAUCACAAUGGAAUGAUACCGCAACACCCUCCAACAUGGAUCAACCUAAUAUUGCACAGGCACAGAACUAUCGUCCUCAGCAGAAUAAUUGGAAUUCGCAUGGGACCGACGAAUGGUUUCGCGAAGGCGUUGUCGACACAAGCGAUUGGGGCUUACAAGGUCCACCGCAAAAGGCACCAUUUGAUCCGUACAAAGAUCAAAUUGAUACCAGUAAUUGGGCAGUACAAUCGUCAGGUGGCAUGCCAGGACCGUUGCCACCGAUGCCCGUACGAAACCGUUUUCCGAAUGAAUAUGAUUUCACUGAAAAUCCUCACGAUGUUCGAAUGCCUGCAUUUGAUAAUUCGCCACAUGGUGAUCCUUAUCGUCAAAAUUCUGAUAUGAAAACUUCAAUGGGAAAUUUUCCCGGUAUGAUGCCAUCAUCUCAUCAUCCAUUUCCUCCACGGCCAGGCCAACACUACGGUUCUCAGCAAGGAAAUAUUCUUCGACCAAUCAAUUCGAAUGCCGCUUCAUCGACACCAUCCAACGUGAUGAUGAAUCCAAGUAGUCAUUUAUCACCCAAAUUACCGACAUCAUCACCGGUACCAAAUCAAGCUCCAUAUGUUCCAGGAGGCGGAAAAUCGAAUUCGAUUCCAAAUCCAUCAGCUCAACCGCCAACAUCAUCUCAGCCAGCAGGAAAUGGAAAUAACAACGGUACUGUACAUGCUCAAAUUAUGCAACAAUUUCGUCUCGCUGUACAAGCCGGUUUAAUUAGUCAAGAUUUGCUCAAUACAAAACUACCACCAAAUAUGUUACAGCUUCUUCAAAAACUCUUCGAAUUACAACAAAAAUUUCAACAAUUAACCAGUCAAUUAAAUGAUUUAAGUAAAAACAAAACGCGUUUUCCAAUGCCAAUGCUACAAAAUGAAUACGAUCGUUUAACAAAAUUAUUAGCACAAAAGAAACAAGAAAUGCUAAGUGUACAAAGAGAAAUUCAAGAUGCGCAUGCAAAAUUAAAACAACAAUCAAUGAAUCAAACGCCUACACCAACACAAAUGAUGUCAAAUGGACCCGUUAGUCAAAAUACAGAUCAAUCACGUUUAACUCAAUGGACAAAACAAUCGACGAUUGGUGGACCACGAUCAUCUAUGUUCCCACCGCCACCAGGCUUAGGUCAAAAAGAUUGGCAAACAGAUAAUAGCGAUCCGAAUGAAAAUUGGGACAAUAGUCAAGCACAUGAAUCAAAUAAUGCGAAUCAAGUUGGCAAUGUCGAUCCUCAUGGACAUAGUAGUCAAGUGUCAUCAGGAGCAUUUUCCGAUCCAUUUUCAAAUCUCGUUGAUGAUAUUGAAGGACCACCUCCGUUCGUGCCGGGACAACUAUGGAACUGGAAAUCUUCAUUACCAAAUAUUGAAGAUGAUCCACAUGUGACACCAAGUUCAUUAACAAUGGGUCCAAAAGGAUCACCAUUACCAAUGGGUAAUCUCAACGUUGGCGGAGCCGAAAGUGCUUUUUCAAAUCCUCAUUCUAUGCAUCAAUAUCCUCGUCAAUUACAAUCAAAUCGUUCUCAAUGGCAACAAGGAUCCAUGCAUGAUCAACAAGGUUUUCAAUCAACGAUGAAUGAUUGGGGUAAACAACAACAAUUUCGAGGUCCAUCAAAAGCACCACCAUCUCAUCCUCCACCUUAUGGUAAUGCUAGCAGUUAUCGACCAUACAUGUAA